AAAAACGACGCUGUUUCGAUGCGUCUUCCAACCCAACGUGAAUUAAUCGUCAUCAGAUCACAUAGAACAAGUCACUACUAUUUUUCCCCUUCACGUAUUCCCUUUCCUUCUCGAUUCAUCAAAUCCAUCAGAUGUUAUUUAAUUAAUCAUUUUUUGCGUGUAUCAAAGCUUAACGAUCCGAGAGGGUAAAUAAGAGCUGAAAAAUCAGAGAAAUUCGAUUUUGUUUUCUCAUGAUUUUUUGGGGGAUUAAUUUGAUUGAUUCGGCGUAAUCGGGGCGGAAAGAUGUUGGAGAAGAUCGGGCUGCCGGCGAAGCCGUCACUGAGAGGGAAUACUUGGGCGGUUGACGGCUCACACUGCCAGGGAUGUUCUUCUCAGUUCACCUUCAUCAAUCGCAAGCACCAUUGUAGGAGGUGUGGCGGCUUGUUUUGCAACAGUUGCACCCAGCAAAGAAUGCUCUUACGGGGGCAAGGUGAUGCACCUGUGCGUAUUUGUGACCCUUGUAAAAAGCUAGAAGAAGCAGCACGCUUUGAGAGAUAUGGACACAAGAGUAGAGCUGGGAGAGGCAGUUCAAAGUUGACAUCAAAUCAUGAGGAUGAAGUUUUGGACGAGAUUCUCAGUAGUGACAGAAAGGAAUUAGGACAAGAGUCAAACAGUAAUGUCAGUAAUGUGGUUUCCAGUAUGCAGAGAGCCGCUAGUAGUGCAUCAUGUUCAAGUAGUCAACAAAAUUCCAGCCACGAUGGGGUAGGAGAAAUACAUAGAAGUCUUUCCGUUGGUGAGCCUAAUUUACAGAGUGGUGGUGGAUCUGCUUCUCCUGAUGAAUUGCGCCAGCAAGCUUUGGACGAGAAAAAGAAGUAUAAAGUUCUUAAAGGAGAAGGGAAGUCUGUGGAAGCAUUAAGAGCCUUUAAGAGAGGGAAGGAGCUUGAGAGACAGGCUGACACAUUGGAAAUAUCCUUGAGAAAAGAGCGUAGAAAGGUUUUACUUUCUGCCAAUGUGGCGGAGAGCCAGAUUAAAGAUGGGCCUUCUGAAUCUGGAAGAAGAAAUAAGGCCACUCCUCCAGUUGGUAAAGAAAAGGAUGACCUUUCUGCUGAGCUUAAAGAACUAGGAUGGUCCGAUAUGGAUCUCCUUGAUGAAAACAAAAAACAAGCAAGUCUGAGUUUGGAGGGCGAACUUUCUUCUCUUCUGGGAGAGGUCUCACAAAAGACCAAUAAAAACAAAGGUAGUGGUGCCAUUGACAAAACCCAGGUUGUUGCACUUAAAAAGAAGGCUCUCAUGCUGAAGCGUGACGGUAAACUUACAGAAGCUAAGGAGGAACUAAAAAGAGCUAAAAUUCUAGAGAAGGAACUCGAGGAACAGGAAUUCUUGGCUGAGGCUGAAGAUUCUGAUGAUGAGCUAUCUGCGUUGAUUCGUAGUAUGGAUGAUGACAAACAGGAAGAAUUUUCAAUUCAAUAUGAGCAGGAGGAUGGCUUCAAUUUUGAUCAUCUUAUUAGUGCUGCUGAUGAUCUGGGUGGUAAUUUUGAAGUGACAGAUGAGGAUAUGGAGGACCCAGAAAUAAGUGCUGCUUUACAAUCUUUAGGAUGGUCUCAAGAUUCUAAUAAUCCGGAAACUUCUCCUCCCCAGAUACCUUCCGUUGACAGGGAAGCUCUAUUAAGCGAAAUUCAAUCAUUGAAAAGAGAGGCGCUUAAUCAUAAACGGGCAGGUAAUGUGCAACAGGCAAUGACACAGCUAAAGAAGGCAAAGCUACUUGAACGGGACCUUGAAAGCCUUGAGUCUCAAGAGGGCAAUGUUGCAAAUGAUCCUGCGAGAAUUCAUAAACAAGCUGCUGAUAAAUCAUCGCAGUCACCUAUGGUGGGUGAUAUUCAUACAAUGGAAUGUACGGAAUCCAAACCUGCAAGGAAAACUAAAUUAAUGAUUCAGAAAGAGCUUCUGGGCUUGAAAAAGAAAGCCCUUGCUCUGAGAAGGGAAGGACGACUAAAUGAGGCUGAAGAAGAAUUGAAGAAAGGAAGGGUACUUGAGCAGCAACUUGAAGAGCUAGAGAAUGGUUCUAUGCGGAAGGACAUGCCUGGGACUGUUGGCAGUAAAGUCCAAGAUUUGGCACAUGAGCUUCCCAAUGUUUCUGCAGGUCUGCCAGUUGCAGAUGAGGAAGGAGAAAAUGUAACAGAUCAAGAUAUGCAUGAUCCAGCAUACCUUUCUAUGUUAAAGAAUUUGGGUUGGAAUGAUGACGAUAAUGAAGGGACCAACUCGUUGUUGGAAACUUCUAAGCAAAUGGAUAAUCUCUCAAUGAAGGUCAGUGAACCAUCUGUAACUCAAGCAGCAGUUAAUGUCCCAGCUGCAGGAUCAAGGAGAAGCAAAGCUGAAAUCCAGAGGGAACUUUUAGGGUUGAAAAGGAAAGCUCUUGCUCUGAGGCGCCAAGGAGAGACUGAGGAUGCAGAAGAACUGCUAAAAAAGGCAAAAGCACUAGAGGGCCAGAUUUUGGAAAUGGAAGCACCCAAGGAAAAUAUCAUUGAACCUCCUCUUAAUAGUGCUGAGGAAGAACGUGAUGGAGGUGAUGUAACAGAAAAUAGUAUGCAGGACCCAGCACUUUUCUCAGAGGGAACUAACUCCUACAAACCAGCCGUUUCUGCACCAAGAAAUAAAGGUGCAAUCCAAAGGGAAGUUUUAGAUAUGAAAAGAAAGGCUUUUGCCUUUAGACGGAAGGGAGAAACCAAAGAAGCUGAGGAAGUGUUGAGGAUGGCAAAGGUGCUAGAGAUUCAAAUUGAAGAGAUGGAAGCCCCAAAGGAUUUGAGUCUGCAUGAUGAUUCAAAGGAAGAGAAAUCUGAGAGUUUCGGAUAUCUAAUUAACACCGAAAAGGCAGGGAAUUUGAAGGAUGAUACAGAUGUUAGAAGGUUUACUGAGGCAGCAAUGGGUCCAAUUGACGAAGUUGUUAAGUUGUCAGCAAAGAAUUCUGAGUUUGUUCCUCUAACCUCACAGCUAGCUAAAGGAAGCCAACCAUUUCCAGUGGAAUUGGGUGCUUUGGGUGAAACUUAUUUUCCGGACAACCAGAAAAUAGCGGAAGGCGUUAGUCAGAUAUCUGCACCUGUCCAAUCUGGAAACCUAGUUGAUUUGUUGACAGGGGAUGACUGGAGAAGUUAUCAAAGGCCAGCUGAAAAACAAGAUGAUGGCCUAAAGUUUGUUUCUGUUGGUUCCCUUACCGCCAGUCCUCCCGUGCGGUUGGGAUCCCAGACCUGUUCGAAUGUAUAUCUGGGAAGCCAAGAUAAUAAAAUUGAUAAACAGGAAGAUAAGCGAGAUGUUAAUGUAGCAAAUUCAGUUCAGGAAGCUGCUUCUCAGAGCAGCCAAAGUGCCAUUCGGCAAGAAAUCCUGGCUUUUAAGAGGAGGGCAUUAGCUUUAAAGAGAGAAGGGAAACUGACAGAAGCUCGAGAGGAACUUCGUCAGGCAAAGUUAUUGGAGAAGCGUCUUGAUGAAGAUAGUUCUCAGUCCAAAACUGCUUCAAGUGAGGUGUCCAGUGCCGUACAAAAUACAACUGGAGAGCAGAGCCAAUCCCAAUCAUUACAGUCACGAGACAUUCCUUCUUCUAGCCAAAAGCAUCACAGUUCACCAUCUUCGGACCCAAAACCUUUGUCCAGUCGUGAUCGCUUCAAGUUGCAACAGGAGUCUCUUGGCCACAAACGUCAGGCUAUGAAGUUGCGGAGGGAGGGUCGGAUGGAAGAAGCAGAAGCCGAGUUUGAAUUAGCCAAGGCACUGGAGAAUCAGUUGGAUCUAUCAGCUGCUCAUGAUUCCGCAACCGUUGACAAAGGAGAAUCAAUGGAUGAUAUCUCUGUUGAGGGUCUUGAUCCUCAACUACUGGCUGCCUUGAAAGAAAUUGGAAUCGAAAAUGCUAGUAAUUUAUCGCAAGGCCCCGAAAGACCAGAGCCUUCAAAAGUUAAUGUUGGUAAGAGCAAUAACACAAUCCAAGAUAGAAGUCAGCUGGAAGAACAGAUCAAGGCAGAGAAGGUAAAGGCGGUAAAUUUCAAACGUGCUGGAAAACAAGCGGAGGCCUUGGAUGCUCUUCGAAAGGCCAAGCUACUCGAAAAGAAGCUGAAUUCUCCGUCUUCAAAGUAAACAAAAUAAAAACAUCACCUUGGUAAGUUAGAAGAUCUUUAUUGCUUACGAACUAUGAAGCUCGAUAGGUCCGUAAAUGUUGUUGGUACGCAGAAUUCACCACGAAGCAGGAUACACGAUUUAUGCAAGACGAGUAUCGUAACCGAAAAUGUAUCAUCUGUAUUGUAGAGGCACCUAUCCUGCCUGCACCAUUCCUAUAUGUCAAUAAAUGGUAUAUGACUUGUAACA